GAAGAGGCCAUUGGGAGAGCUUUACUGGAUCAAUCAGACCCAUCGGCCUGAAGUCUUGCGAAGAAAGAAAACUGGAAAACGGUAUAGGAGAAACAAAGAGCAAAGUGUUGGAAGUAGGAAAAAGCAAAGCAGAGAACAAAGAUGAGUAGCAUUGGAACUGGUUACGAUCUCUCUGUCACCACUUUCUCUCCCGACGGCCGCGUUUUUCAGAUCGAGUACGCGGCCAAAGCCGUCGAUAAUAGUGGAACUGUAAUUGGAAUAAAAUGCAAAGAUGGGAUCGUUAUGGGAGUGGAGAAGCUGAUAGCAUCAAAGAUGAUGUUACCUGGUUCUAAUCGUAGAAUCCAUUCCGUUCAUCGCCAUUCUGGCAUGUCAGUGGCAGGAUUAGCAGCUGACGGUAGACAAAUUGUGGCACGUGCUAAAUCUGAAGCUACUAAUUACCAAAGUGUGUAUGGUGAACCCAUUCCUGUCAAAGAACUUGCUGAACGCGUAGCAAGUUAUGUCCAUUUAUGCACCCUUUACUGGUGGCUCAGGCCCUUCGGCUGUGGCAUAAUACUCGGAGGUUAUGAUAGAGAUGGUCCCCAAUUAUAUAUGGUUGAACCAUCCGGCAUCUCCUAUAAAUAUUUUGGUGCUGCAAUUGGGAAGGGAAAACAAGCUGCCAAAACAGAAAUUGAAAAGUUGAAGCUGUCUGAAAUGACGUGCAGGGAAGGGGUUAUUGAAGUAGCCAAAAUUAUCUACAAGGUACAUGAUGAAGCAAAGGAUAAGGCCUUUGAACUUGAGAUGAGUUGGGUCUGUGACGAGUCAAAGCAACAACAUCAAAAGGUUCCCGAUGACCUUUUGGAGGAAGCCAAGGUUGCGGCCAAGGCUGCACUAGAAGAGAUGGAUGCUGAUUAAAACAUUAGUGGAGCCAGAAUAUUUUUCCAUUUAUACCUCAAUGUUAUGAACCUGAUAUUUGAUGUACGAUCAAGUCAGUGACUGAUGAAACAUGUUUCCUUAGAUAAUUCGUAUAGAUCUGCUGACUAUUUUUAAUAGGACCAUGGAUUUCAGACAACUAUGAGCUUUGUAACUGUUUUUGUUAAGGCAUCAACUAUGAACAGAGACAUGGGCGGUGGUUACGAUUUUAAAGAAAUUAUCUGAUGUCAGAUAUAUGAUUAGUUUUUUUAAAAAACAAU